UUGACCAACAACUGCUCGCGCUUGCUUCCACCGUCUCUCCCCUCCCUAUAUAUCUACUUCAACUUCUAGGUUUCCUUCUUCGUUCAAAGUCUGCGAGGAUAAAUAACUCAAACAAAUAAGGGAUCUGUACGUGAAGGAGUCCUCUUUCGCCUUUGGGUGUCAUAUUGGGUAAAGGGGUAAUAUUGAAUUGGUUUCUCAUUCUGAGAUUUGGGUUUCAACUUUAUUACUCUUUUGAUCUCUGUUGUUGCCGGAUCUUCCUUGGAUUUACUGGGUUAUUUUGGUUGUAAGCUGGUUUGUUGGGCAUCUCAAGCUUAAGAUUUUGGCAUGUCCCUGACCUGAAUUACUCUUUGUUUAUUCCUUUUAGCUGGGGUUUCAUCUAUUCUGAGCAAUGUUUAUAAUGGAGUAUACCGAAUCUGUUUAGGCUGGUGGGUGUUUUUGAGGAACUUGAUUUUGGUUUUUGGUGGAGAUUCUUCUGGGUGGUUGGCAAUGUUUGAACUAGAAUUGUGAAGUUCAAGGAGCCGGUGGGGUUUUGAAUUGGUGGGAUAGAAUUGGUGCUUUUUUGUUUUAUUGAGGAUAAGUUGAGUUUAGAAAGAUGGAAACUUCAAAAAACAGGCAGAGUGACCAUUUAGGUGUCAACAAGAUUGGAAAGAAUAUAAGGAAGAGUCCAAUUCACCAACCCAAUUUUGCAAAUAAUGUCAAUAGGCAACAACCUCAGCCUCAGGUUUACAACAUAAGCAAGAAUGAUUUUAGAAGCAUUGUUCAGCAGUUAACUGGUUCUCCAUCACAAGAACCUCUGCCAAGACCUCCCCAAAAUUCACCCAAACCCCAAAGUAUGCGGUUGCAGAAGAUUAGACCACCUCCACUGACACCCAUCAAUCGUCCCCGCAUCCCUACUCCAGUUCCAGUUCCGGUGCCAGUCCCAGCACAUGCAGCUCCUCCUCAAGUUCCUUACAAUGGUAGCUUUGCUCAACCUGGUCAAUAUGGGCAACCAUCUCCAACAACUAUGAUGCCACCUUUGACACCUGGGGAAUCAUGUUGGGCUAAUACUGCUGAAUCUCCAAUCUCCACAUACAUGCGUUACCUCCAAACUUCUAUCAUGGAUCCUAGUUCUAGGGAAAAUCAAGCUCAUUCUCAGACACAACCACAACCUCAAGUUCCCGGUCAAUUUCGGCCUUCACCACCAACUUCUGGGUUACUUCCUAAUCCUCUUAUGCCUCUACUCCCUUCUCCACGAGCAAAUGGUCAUGUUCCUCAUAUGCCUAAUCGCCCUCCGCCAAGUACAAAUGGUCCUGCUCUUUUACCUUCUCCAACCUCUCAGUUUCUCUUGCCAUCUCCCACUGGUUACAUGAAUUUGUUGUCUCCGCGAUCACCUUAUCCUUUGCUUUCUCCAGGGUUUCAAUAUCCUCCUCCACUAAUGCCCAAUUUUGCCUUUUCACCCAUGGCUCGGUCUGGAAUUUUAGGUCCAGGUCCUCAACCUCCACCAUCUCCAGGUCUUCUAUUUUCAUCAUCACCUUCGGGUUUUUUCCUCAUGUCAAGUCCAAGAUGGAGGACUCAAUAGUAAAGGGCGAAGCGUUGUUGUAAAGUUGAGCUGUGUGCUAGAUGAGGAGCUGGCACCUUGUUUAUGCUGACUGAUCUCCUACUGAACAGAACUUUGGCUGUGAAAUGGUAUUGAACACUGAUUGUAAAAUGGAUCCUCUAGAAAGUUGUAAUCUUCUUCUCUUAUUUUAAUUUUUCAUCAGUUUAGACUCCUUUUAUUUUGUUAAUAGCCAUUUUGUGGCAUGUUUGAGGUUAGCUUCUGAGGCAGCUGCAAAUUUUUUUAGUUUCUUGGACAAUAUUUACUUUUAGGUGAUAAGAGUGAAGAUUGGACAACUCAACUGGACACCUGGACAGGAGCAAUGAAAUGAAUGACAAAGGUGUAACAUGGAAGGAGGUAGGCUUACAGACAUCAAGCUGAAAUGUAGGAUAUCUAGUGGAAACAUUCUUUUGUAUUUGUAUAAUUGUAUACUAGACUUUAAUUUGUUUGAACUCAGCAUUGUUUCUUUUUUGGUUCUUGACCAUGCUAUACUAAUAAAAUAUGUCUUUUGACAAUUCUUCAAUUA